CCAGCGACUUGACCAACCCCACUUACUUUGUCUUCUAUAUAGUUAAACGGUCCAUUUCCCAAAAGAUGUCAGGCAGCUACUUCAACGAGAUUUCACCAAAAACUAUAUGCUUCCUCCGAACCUUCAGCGAGGUUCGGUAACAUCUCCUGACGUCAGGAAUCCUAUAUCCCGAAUGUUCGAGCCCUUCGGUUCAAAGUCAGAUCUAGGUUCGAUAAUGCUUGCCGACCACCGGAUGAAUUUCAUCAAGGGCAUGUUAAUCGGCUUGAACGAUCCCAUGAAAGUCAAGACCUUUGAAGAUUACAUAAAGCGUGGGUUGCUCUAUGGGGAAAAAGAUCUCACGAUGUAUGUGCUGGAUUCUAUCAAAACGACCAUCUCUGCUUUCAGAUAUCUCAGCCACCCUGAGGUGCGACGUGUUUUUGUGGACACCGCUACCAACAUCCCAGCUCAAGCCGCUGUUAUUGGGAAGCACACCAUAGCCGCACCAAACCUCGACUAUCGAUGGGACGAAUUCAUGGCGGCUCUAACGAGGGCCGUGCCAUAUUAUGGGCGAGAUUGGGUUCUUGAGCGUAUCUUGCAUGUCUUCCAAGAGUAUGGUUUGAAAGGAGGCAACGAGGACAAGUUUCGUCUGCUUGGGCAGUAUCUUCUUGAACUUCCCAACAUCAAUAUGCCAUACCUGUGGUGGGACCCGGAUAAGGUCAAAGCGAACCCGAUAGUAUGAGGUUUCAACGGAUUGCGGUUUUUAUUUUUCUGCGAAGUUACCUGUCUUUUGUAAUCUUAUAUGGUCUCCCUAAGUACCCAU